AUGUACCGACAACGCGCUCACUGCAAUCCCUGGUCAGAUCAUAGCUUUGACUACCCAGUCAAACCAGAGGCCUUUGACUGGAGCAGCCUUUACGGUGGCGAUUCUGACCGUCCCGCCAGUAUUGUCGAUAUAGGCUGCGGUUAUGGUGGUCUUCUGUUCCAUCUAGCCACAACUUUUCCAAAAUCGCGUUCUUUGGGCAUGGAGAUUCGACUCAAGGUUGUAGACUAUGUCCAGUCGAAGAUUAUUGCCCUGCGCCAAAAUCACCCUGGAUCGUAUCAAAAUAUUGCCUGUAUUCGGACAAAUGCUAUGAAGUACCUUCCAAAUUACUUCAGAAAGGGUCAGCUGGAGAAGAUGUUCUUUCUCUACCCGGACCCGCAUUUCAAACGGCAUAAGCACAAGUGGCGCAUUAUCUCUUGUGCCCUGCUUACCAUGUACGCCUAUCUGAUGCAACCAGGUGGUCGCCUCUACACUGUCACUGACGUGCCCGAUCUCGCAGAAUGGAUGCUGGCCAAGCUCCGCGCCCAUCCGCUCUUCCGCGAGUGUCAUCACCUCGUACUGCCGUCGCCG